GGGGGAGGGGCGGGGUCAGUCUGAGACUAGCGCUGCGGAGGGGUGGAGGCGCUGCGGGGAGCCCGCCACACAGACCCCCCCCCAUUGGCGAAGUGCUGCCCCCCAGCCUCAGCCGCCAUGCCCCUGGCCCGCAGCGUCUCCGUCACCUCCCUGACGGGGCUGGAGGACUGGGAGGAUGAGAUCGACCUGGAGAAUGCGGUUCUCUUCGAGGUGGCCUGGGAGGUGGCCAACAAAGUGGGGGGGAUCUACACGGUGCUGCAGACCAAGGCCAAGAUCACGUCGGACGAGUGGGGGGAGAAUUACUUCCUGCUCGGGCCCUACCUGGAGCAGAACGUGCGCACCCAGGUGGAGCUGAUCGACCCGCCCCACCCGGCCGUGCGGCGCACCAUCGACUCCAUGAAUGCCAAGGGCUGCAAGGUGUACUUUGGGCGCUGGCUCAUCGAGGGGGGCCCCUAUGUGGUGCUGCUGGACGUGGGGGCCACGGCCUGGAGCCUGGACCGCUGGAAGACGGAGCUGUGGGACAGCUGCACCAUCGGGGUGCCCUGGUACGACCGGGAGGCCAACGACGCCGUCCUCUUCGGCUUCCUCACCGCCUGGUUCCUCGGCGAGUUUGUGGCUCAGUGCGAGGAGAAGCCGUUUGUCAUCGGCCAUUUCCACGAGUGGCUGGCGGGCGUCGGGCUCAUCCUGUGCCGGGUCCGCAAGCUGCCGGUGGCCACCAUCUUCACCACCCACGCCACGCUGCUGGGGCGCUACCUGUGCGCGGGCAGCGUCGACUUCUACAACAACCUGCAUGCCUUUAACGUGGACAAGGAGGCCGGGGACCGGCAGAUUUACCACCGGUACUGCAUGGAGCGGGCCGCCGUGCACUGCACCCACGUCUUCACCACCGUGUCCCAGAUCACGGCCGUGGAAGCUGAACACCUGCUCAAGAGAAAACCCGAUCUGGUGACCCCCAACGGCCUGAAUGUCAAGAAAUUCUCUGCCAUGCACGAGUUCCAGAACCUCCACGCCCAGAGCAAGGCCCACAUCCAGGAGUUCGUCCGGGGGCAUUUCUAUGGGCACCUGGACUUUAACCUGGACAAGACCCUGUUCUUCUUCAUCGCCGGGCGCUACGAGUUCUCCAACAAGGGGGCCGACAUCUUCCUGGAGGCGCUGGCCCGUCUCAACUACCUGCUCCGGGUGAACGGCAGCCAGGUGACCGUGGUGACCUUCUUCAUCAUGCCGGCUCGGACCAACAACUUCAACGUGGAGAGCCUCAAGGGGCAGGCCGUGCGCAAGCAGCUCUGGGACACUGCCAAUGCCGUGAAGGAGAAGUUUGGGAAGAAGUUGUAUGAUUCGCUGCUGGUCGGGAACCUCCCUGACAUGAACAAGAUGCUGGACAAGGAGGAUUUCACCAUGAUGAAGAGAGCGAUAUUCGCCACCCAGCGUCACUCCUUCCCCCCCGUCUGCACCCACAACAUGCUGGACGACUCGACGGACCCCGUCCUCAACACCAUCCGGCGUCUCGGGCUGUUUAACAGCAGCGCCGACCGCGUCAAGGUCAUCUUCCACCCCGAGUUCCUGUCCUCCACCAGCCCCCUGCUGCCCGUGGACUACGAGGAGUUCGUCCGAGGCUGCCACCUAGGGGUCUUCCCCUCCUACUACGAGCCGUGGGGCUACACGCCAGCUGAAUGCACCGUCAUGGGGAUCCCCAGCAUCUCCACCAACCUCUCCGGAUUCGGUUGCUUCAUGGAGGAGCAUAUAGCCGACCCGUCGGCCUACGGGAUCUACAUCCUAGACCGACGGUUCCGGGCGCUGGAUGAUUCGUGCACCCAGCUGACGUCCUUCCUGUACAGCUUCUGUCAGCAGAGCCGGCGCCAGCGUAUCAUCCAGCGCAACCGGACCGAGCGCCUCUCCGACCUGCUGGACUGGAAGUACCUGGGCCGGUAUUACAUGUCUGCCCGACACAUGGCGCUCGCCAAGGCCUUCCCCGACAACUUCACCUACGAGCCCCCGGAGGAGACGGCGGCCCAAGGAUUCCGCUACCCCCGCCCGGCCUCCGUGCCCCCUUCGCCCUCCAUCUCCCGCCACUCCAGCCCCCACCACAGCGAGACGGAGGAGGACGACGAGCGGUACGACGAGGAGGAGGAGGCGGAGAAGGAUCGGCGCAACAUCAAGCCCCCGGCCAUGACAGGCCCCGUCCCCGAGUGGCGCAAGCCGCCCAAGAAGGGCUCCAGCGAGGCCAGCACCUCCUCCAAUGCCUCCAACGCCUCCACGCCCACCAUGCCCUCCAGCCCCAGCGACUCCAGCAGCCCCACCACCUCCAUCAUCGAGGAGAGGAACUAGGGGAGGGGGGGGGGUUCUAGACUGGUCUAGAACUAGGGAGCGCCCCCGCCCCAGGCACAAUGCCCCCCUGCCGUCCCCGUCCUCUGCUUCUGGCUCUCCCUCUCAAGAACCCACCCUUCCCUUUUGCUGGGUUCUAGAUUGCUGGUGCUAGGUUCUAGAUAGUUCAAAACCGGGUCUCCCCCCCCGUCCCUCAGCGAGAGGGGAAUGAACAUCCCCUUAUCACCCCCUGUCCUCUGCUUCUGGUUCUCCCUCUCAAGAACCCACCCUUCCCUUUUGCUGGGUUCUAGAUUGCUGGUGCUAGGUUCUAGAUAGUUCAAAACCGGGUCUCCCCCCCGUCCCACAGUGAGAGGGGAAUGAACAUCCCCUUAUCACCCCCUGUCCUCUGCUUCUGGCUCUCCCUCUCAAGAACCCACCCUUCCCUUUUGCUGGGUUCUAGAUUGCUGGUGCUAGGUUCUAGAUAGUUCAAAACCGGGUCUCCCCCCCCGUCCCUCAGUGAGAGGGGUAUGAACAUCCCCUUAUCACCCCCUGUCCUCUGCUUCGGGUUCUCCCUCUCAUGAACCCACCCUUCCCUUUUGCUGGGUUCUAGAUGGCUUAUGCUAGGUUCUAGGUCAUUCAAAAGCAGGGGUGACCCCUCCAUGUGAGAUGAACAUCUCCCUCCUGCCCUCUGCUUCUGGCUCUCCCUUGGGACCCUCAAAGUGAUGGGGUUUUCUGUGUUCUAGAUCAGUGGCAGGAGUGUUCUAGAGUCCAGUCUCCCACUUGCUCCAGGACCCUGUGCACUAUAGGCUCUGGCCUGCCCCUCCAAACUGUCUAGAACGACCUCCAUAUUGUCUGCAGCACUCUGGAUCGUACUAGUGUUUGCAGCUGCCAACGUUCGGGAGAGAUGGGGGGGCUCUCAAAUGGUUUGGGCUAGGAGCGAGGUCAGGGGUGGUCUAGAGAGAGGCGGGGUUGGUCUGGAUCAUUCUAUAAUGCUUCUCACUCAAGGAAGCAGGGCAGCCCUGGAUUAUCAUGUUUGGGGAUCUAGAUUGUUCUAGAAUUAGGUGUAUUAAAAUGGGGCUUGGGGACGUAGGAUCCCCAUACAUGAUUCUGGAAUGCAGCAUCGGGUGAUGCUGGGGGUUCUGGAGCAGUCGAGAAUGGGGUCUGCUAUAGAUUUUGAUUGGAUUGUUCUGGAGUGAUGUGACAUAGCGGGGUGCUGGAGCUGUUGAGAAGGAGGGGCAGUCUAGAAUGACCCUGCUACCGAGGGUGGUGAAGUCUGAAGUGUUCUGGAUCCCUCUAGAACUCAGUGCAAUGAAAGGUUUGGGGCCACAUGUAGAAGUCCACAUUGUCACGGUCUAGACCAGUCCAGAACAUUGCACGGUCAAGAGAUGUUGAAGGAUGUUGGGUGCUCUGGAGGGGACGUCUCGAAUGGCAUCUCUGGGAAGGGGGACGCACUGGUGGGCGCUGUGAAUGAAGGGAGAUGGGUCGGUUCCUGACUUCUGGAAUGCAGCUCUACCUAGAUCUGCAGCACUCCUGUGGUCGGGCAAGCAUCGCCUCGGAAAGAGGUGGUCUAGAUCACAUUGUAGAUCAGUCUAGAGCAUUGCGUGUAGGAUGGAACGAUGGUGCCGGGGGCAGGGUUCUAGAUCGUUCUAGUAGCGUCGGGACGUAUGCUAGAGACCCAAGCUGCCUGGCACAUGUUCUAGGUUGUUUGAACUCACUAGACACCAACGUGGCGGAACUGGAACGACUUGCAGGGUUUCGAGCGUUCUCGGCUUGGGAUUUGGUUGCUGGGUUCUAGAUCACCCUGCGCUCCGGCUGAGGGGGCUGCUCUAGAACGUAGCCGACAACGGGGCUGCAGGAAGGCUCCAGGAUUCUGCAUGCGGGUGCAGUCUGGUCACCUCCCUUCCCCAUCCCAGACCUCCAAUAACAGACCAGUCAAGAACCCAGCUGUUUGAUAUCUAGAACCCUGCUCCUGGCUGGCCCCAUCUGCUGGGGAGCGGUGGAGAAGGGUCACAAAGCUGGACCCGCUGCUGAGAUGCAGCCCCCUCUGGGGGAGGGGGAGGUGUCUAGACAGGGCUGCCUUUGCCCGCCGGUUUCCCAGCAACCCCAAGCCAAGGAAAAUCAUGUUUCAAAGCUGUUUGGGCUGCGAUCCUGUGCCUAGGCCCCCGCUCUGUGCCUGGGCUGGGUGCUGCACCCACGGGUGCCAUGGGGCCUCUAUGGGGUGAGCCCCCCCCCCAGCCCAGGCUCAUGUUUUUUAUUUAUGGCUGUUGCAAAUGUUGUCGCUUGGUUUCAUUUUUGAAUAAACGUGAGCUAAACUCAG